AUGGAAGUGGACUUCAACUUGUCGCAGACGCUCACGUCGUUUGCAGAACAGCUCGACACGUUUGAGCUUGGAGAUAGAGACCCGGAGGAGUUCUUGAACGUCAUCACACAGGAACUCGCCGUCAGAUCAGAUGCCAUCCUCUAUGACGAGUACUGGGACCCGCUAAUGAACUUGACUCAUUGCUACUCGAAGUUAGAGCCACGACUUCAGUAUAAGCUGGCUUAUUUGAUCUCAAGUACGUUGGCUGGUCAAGCAGACUACACCAACCAGAUCAUCAACUCCGCAGACGUGGAUCUCUUCGCUACCCAUAGAAGGCUCCUCGAACUGUACGGAUACCUGAUCCACGUGAUUCUCGUGUAUAUGGGGCACGAGGAGGUGAAUUUGAAGUUGCCAGAUGGUAAACAACACUGGAACAAGACAAACAACGUGAUUGAAAGCAUACUGGUAGCCGUGAUCAACGUCUUCAAACUGAAACUUAAUUUGUUGAUGGAAACUACUCCUGAGCGCAACCUUUUUACUGGAACCUUGUUUCUUAACCCAAUCAACGCCCUGCUCGAGAACCCAGACCGUGCCAAAGUUGUGUCGGUCAAAAUGCACGCAUUCAAAGCCAUCUGCAUGGCCAUCAAAUACCACGGCCAAUCUUCGCAUGUCCAAAACGCCAUUCUUCAACACCUGACCUACUUCCAGCAUUCCAGUGUGGUCAUGGCCGAACUUCUAGAUACCCUCAGUCGCCAUUACGACCAUUACCAGCUCACAGAUGAAGUGCUGAAGGAGGUUAGUGGACGCCAGUUUAACGAAAACGACACCAACGGUCCUAAAGCUAUCAGUACAUUUAUCAUCAAGUUGUCCGAAUUGAGUCCAAAAGUCGUGAUGCGCCAAAUUUCAUUAAUUGCUCAGCUUCUUGAUAAUAACUCGUUUACUCUCAGAUGUGCUGUGGUGGAAGCUGUUGGUAACAUCAUUACAACCUUAGCUAAGUCGCAAGAUGAGUACGACGAACAUAAAACACAGGCUGACAGUUUCCUUGAGCUUUUGGAGGAUCGAUUCCUGGAUAUCAAUCCGUAUGUCAGAUCCAGAGCUAUCCAAGCAAUCACAAAACUGAGCGAGAUGUCCAUCAAGUUUGUGGAUCGCCGACUUCGGUGGUCCAAACUCGCAGUGAGACAUUUGGAGGACAGAUCGGGAAUUGUGAGGCGUAACUGUAUCAAGCUGCUGACCUCCUUGAUUCUUACGCAUCCCUACAAUGUUAUGCACGGAGACCGGUUGGAGCUGAGCGUCUGGCAGAAACGGCUCGACGAAACGAAAGAAAAGCUCAAAGAAUUGCAACCAGAUCUGUUUGACGAUGAACAGGAGAACGAAGAAACGAACGAACAAAAUGAAGAUGAGAGAGACGAAGAGGACGAGGAGGGUGAUGAGGACAAAGAUAACGACAGUGAAAUGGAAGUUGACGAGGAGGAGGAAGACGGAGACGAAGAAAAGGACUCUGAAGUUAAUCCAAAAGUGGAAGAGAAAACACAAGAAUCCAUUGCAUCUGCCAUUGCCAAUGUCGAUCCGGCGCUUGUCAACAAAGUGUCGCUCACGUACCAAUAUUACUCUGACGCGGUCGACUUCAUCAAACUCAUCCACAAGGCUGCCAACGUUUGUUGUGAGCUUUUGUACUCAAAGUCUAAGAACGAGGUGAUUGACUCCAUGGGAUUUUUCGUUCUUGCAGAUGCGUAUGGAAUUGAAAACUGUCAAGUCGGAAUCAAGCGAAUGCUGCAUCUUGUCUGGAUGAAAGGAAGCAACGAAGAUGGAAACAUGGUUGUUGACAAGCUGAUCGAAUGCUAUAAAUCUCUUUAUCUGAGUGCGCCAGAGAAAUCAUCGAUCGUACAACGUGCGUCAUACAUCGCUUCCAACUUGAUCAAGCUCACAUUCAACACCUCUGUCGCUGACCUGGCCUCGCUUGAAAAAUUGCUGGGAGAGCUCUAUGCAAAAGAUUAUAUUGACCAGCAUGUGGUGAAGGUUCUUUGGCAAUUCUUCAAUGGCGAAGCAUCGAGCAAAAGACAAAGACGGGGUGCCAUCAUUAAUCUCGGAAUGCUGGCCUUGGUCGAUAACGGUAUUGCUUUGAAGGGAUUGGACCUUAUCCUCGCAAUUGGGCUCGAUCCACAAAGCGACGACUGGAUCCUUUGUCGGUUUGCAUGUAUUGCUCUGAGAAGAAUAGUUCCAUCCAACGCAUCAGCAAACGAUUACAGAAUGUCAAAAGAGGACGAGGCAAUUGAAAAGCUAUCUACUGUGCUCUUGCAAUAUACUCAAGACGGAUCAUGGUUUGGAAUGGCAGAAGAGGCACUCAACUCAGUUUACGUGAUAUCCUCUCAUCCAGAUUUGGUUUCGUCUAAGAUCCUCAAAGAGAAAGCCCAGAGAGUAUUCUCUCCCGAAUUUGACGAGUCUGAGGACAAGGUUGUUUCUUUGUCCCAACUAUUCUUCCUGAUUGGUCAUAUCGGUUUGAAAACGAUCAUUCACCUGGAGAAGUGUGAGACUGACUUCAAGAAAAAGAAGAUUGCCUCGGAGGACAAGAAAAGCGAGCAGCAGAAUGAGUUGGAUAUGAUUGGAGGUACGUCCGAGGAUGAUUUUUCGGACGCAAUCCAAGUUGUGAAGGAGAAAGAGAUCCUGUACAGCGAAAACGGACUUCUGGCCAAGUUUGUUCCUCUCUUGAAGGAGACGAUCAUGAAUCCAAAAGAAUACAACGACGAGAGAUUGCAACGGCAGGCCAUUUUGUGUUUGUCGAAACUCAUGUGCAUAUCUCCAAGAUUCUGCGAAGAGAACCUUGGACUGUUCUUGAAAGUGAUGGAGUCUUCCCAGGAUCCUGUCGUGAGAAGUAACGCAGUUCUGGGACUUGGAGAUAUGGCUGUUUGUUUCAACAACGUUGUUGAUGCCAGUAAGGAUUUCCUGUACGGUCGUUUGCAGGACAAGGAUAUCAUGGUUCAACGUACUUGUUUGAUGACGGUUACGUUUUUGAUUCUUGCUGGUCAGGUCAAAGUGAAGGGACAACUUGCGCAGAUGGCCAAACUGUAUGUGAACGAGGACCCAGGAAUCGUGGACAUGUGCAAGUUGUUUUUCACCGAGCUUGCUACCAAGGAUAACGCCAUCUACAACGGGUUUAUUGAUAUGUUUAGUGGUUUGGCUGCUGAUACCGAGCUGCCAAAGAAAUCGUUCAAGGAGAUUGUCAAGUUUGUGGUUUCGUUCUUGGAGAAAGACAAACAUAAACAGCAGCUGGUUACCAAGUUCUUCCAGAGAUUAUCCAAGACAGACGACGAGGACCAAUGGAACGACAUUGUGUUUGCUAUCAAGGAGAUUAUUCCUAAACAGGAGACCAUGAGACGGGAGAAAGACACGCCGAAAAACAAAGUGUACGACGAAGUUCUAACGUUUAUUGAACAGGGAUUCAUUCGUCCUGAACAGAGAGCAUAG